AUGUUUAACUCAUUCUUGUCCAAGGAAGGCGCUUCCGCCUUGGCUAUCGUCCUCAUCGUCAUCUACUCUAUCCGAUACUUUUGGCUGGGCCUGUAUCACGUCGGUCGUGCGAGAUACUGUUCGACCCCUCGAACUCAAUACCCAGAGACCGUCGACCUGAUCAAAAUCGCAGUCGUUCUCCCCGUGGUGGACCACGAGAAUGACAACCUGUUGCCAACUAUCGAGAGUAUCCUGGUCAACCGCCCCCAGCAGCUCUAUGUCGUUCUUGUCGGCCGAGAGGCUUUCGAUAGAGUCGAGGCACAAGUCGCUCCCCUACGAGAGAAGUUUGGAUAUACUCAGAUCAACGUCGGUGCUGUGAACAGAACUAACAAACGUCGCCAGAUCGCUCACGCCUUGAAACAUAUCCAGCCCAGUGUUCAUUCUCUGACAGUCAUUACCGAGCAGGGAACCUACUGGCCUGACCGCUUCCUCAUGUCCGCUUGUUGUUCAUUCGAUGACCCUGAAGUCGCGGCUGUUACUGUCCCCAAGCGAGCGCAUCUACAACCUUCGAACUGCAUCUGGGAAAAAGUCAAGGCCCACCUCUUCUCCUUCUAUUACAGUGUCCAAGCCGAGGACAACCGGGCUGUUAAUAGCUUCGAUGGCUCUGCUCUGUUUGGCGGCGGUGCUACCCUUGUUCGAACUCACUAUCUGAAGAAUGAUAGAUUCAAGAAGGAAUUUGAGCACGAGAAGUGGUUCUUUGGGCGAUCGGGUGUUCUCAAGGGUGACGAGCAUUUUUUCUUGAACCGCUUUUUCCUUGGUGGUAACAAGUAUGUCUACUUCCAGGACAGCCCCGAAGCAACUGUUUCUGUUGAGGUGAACACUGUUGGUCAUUUCCUCAGCGAGUUCCUCCGGGAAACGCGAAACAACUGGAGAACGUGCUGGGACAUGGCUAUUACCUCCCACUGGCUGCUGAUUCGCAGAAGACAUGUCAUCUAUCCUGCCGCAGCUUUCAUGACCUGGUGGCCAAACAUCUUCUCCUUCGUUCUCCUCGCGGAUAUCCUCAGUGUGAUCAUGGCGUUCAACUAUGAUCUCCUCCACGACGACGUUCUAUAUGGAUGGCUCGCUGUUCAUGGUGCAGUGUUAGUCCUCCAAGCUAUGGUAGGUCUAUUCGUGGCUAUCCGCAUGCAUCGUAGCGAUGGAAGCGAUUUUAACAUCGUUGUUACCCUCCUGUGCCUACUGCUCAGUCUUCCCUUCCAGUAUGCUCUUGAGUUUGUCAAGAUCGCUGCUAUGUUGACCUUCUGGAAGGCGGACACCGAAGAGCGCGCUUCGGAUGACAUCGAGAUGACUGGUGAUAGUGAGCUUCGCUGGAGCUGGGGCUGUCUGUUUAUUCAUGAUGAUGAUAAAUUCUGGAACCCUGCCACUUGGCCACUUGGUUCAUGA